CUCAUUUACAGUUGGCGGGUUUGUCGACUUCUAGGAUGUUGGCCGCUUUGUGUAAAGAGCAGGACGUGACCAUCCAUGGUCUUUACCGUUUGAUCAGAAAAAUUGGCUGUGGGUCUUUUGGUGAUAUAUAUUUGGGGGUAAAUCAAAAAAAUGGGGAGGAAGUUGCCGUUAAGGUCGAACGGCAAUGUGCACGCCAUCCUCAAUUAGCUUACGAGAGCAAAAUCUAUCGUCUCCUCAACGGUGGAAUCGGAAUUCCUCAUAUGAGGUUUGAAUGUUACCUAAGAUGUUAUGAGUCGUGGUUUGGACAGGAAUAUGACCACUAUUUCCUUGUGAUGGAUUUGCUCGGUCCCAGCCUCGAAGAUUUGUUUUUGUUCUGUUCGCGACGCUUCACAAACAAAACGGUUCUUAUGCUGGCUGAUCAGAUGAUAUCUCGUGUCGAAUUUGUCCACAAUCGCACUUUCGUCCACAGGGAUAUCAAGCCGGAUAAUUUCCUCAUGGGAAUUGGUCGUCACUGCAACAAGCUCUACAUUAUUGACUAUGGUCUGGCUAAGCGUUAUAAUUGUCCGAGAACAGGAAGGCACAUCAGCUACAGGGAAGACAAAAAUCUGACCGGAACUGCCAGGUACGCCAGUAUCAACGCACACCUUGGCAUUGAACAAUCAAGAAGGGAUGAUCUGGAGUCCCUGGGUUAUGUUCUGAUGUACUUCAACCGUGGAAGCUUGCCGUGGCAAGGAUUAAAGGCCAACACGAAACGCCAAAAGUACGAAAAGAUCAGCGAGAAAAAGAUUUCAACUCCCGUGGAAACACUCUGCAAGGGCUUUCCAGCCGAGUUCGCCAUGUACCUCAACUACUGUCGUGGUCUUCGUUUCGAGGAGGCUCCGGACUACAUGUACCUCCGUCAGCUCUUCCGAAUCCUCUUCCGCACUCUCGGACACCAGUUCGACUUCCUCUUUGACUGGACCAUGCUGAAGCGGCACUCGGUGGCUGCCAACGCCUCCGGCGCGGCGCCUGUCAGUGGCGGUGCUGGCGGAACCUCGGCCGGCGGCACCAAAUUCGUUCGGUCCAACGACGCGUCGGCUGCGAUGGGGUCUACACCGGCCCAGGUGGACCCCAUUGCCGCCGGUCUGCCCUCGAACAACAGCAAUGCUUUCCCCCCUAAGCAGAGUCAACAGCCGCAACAACAGCAACAACAACCUGAGUGGAUGGCGUCUUCGGCCGCGGCGGCGGCGGCCUCGUCCACAUCGCACCGACAGCAGUUAUGA